AUGAGGAAUGGAAAUAUUGUAGGAAAACUUGCUCUACGAGAAGUAAGUAUAAACUUGUUCAUCCAAUACAAAACUUUUCAGUUAUAUAAUGAUCAUUUUGUAUCCCUUAUUAGACGAGAGGAUGUUUGCAGCCGCAUUUACGCGGAAACCGAACUCGUUUCUUCAAGAAAUGCCCUGAACGGUUUUGCAUUCCGUUGGACAGCAUACUAGAUGUAAAUGGUGUUAUCAGAAAAGGGUAACAUUUUCCUUCGAUAAAUUUUGAUGUUUGAUUUUGAAAAUACUCUAUCUAAAAUCUUAUCAUGCAAGUUAUAUUUUUUAUUCUCAUCUCGUUAUGUUUUUGAUAGACUGUUAAAUUUUUAUUCCCAACAAACGUGACGUUAAAAUCUUCGCAACUGUAAUUUCAGUGUUAAUCAUAACCAUCACAAUUUCCUCAAAUGUAAUUGUUGCAUCAGCUGCUUUAUAUAUCACGAAUCACUCUGUACAGUUAUAAUGUCCCUAAUUGGACAGUUUUUUUUCAUAGCAACAACCAUUUAAAAUUUUCAAAUUUUUUGCUUUAGACAUAAUGUCCCUAAUGGUAAUUGUUAUGAUUAAUUGGUAACAGAACUUCAUGUCAUCCAAUUCUGUCUGUAAUCAUAUGAGUGAUUGACAAAUCAGACUCCUACUUUGCAGUUGUCUGAUUUUGUUAAUCACUCGUAUGAUUACAAACAGAAUUGGAUUCCACUUGGUCCUAUUACCACUAUGAAUAAUCUCAUAGUGUACAUUGUGUGUGAUUGAUACAUUGCACAGCACAAGAUGAUACAGCUCUAAAAGUGUUGAUAUAUUUUAUUUUAAUGUAAAGAAGGAGCAAUAGCUGAAAGGCUUAUUUGGAAUGGUGCAAAGAAACAUCCUCAUCUGAGCAUGCGAGUUUCAAUUAUUUUUCAAAGUCCCUAAAAGUGAUGGUGUUUGAAACUAUCAUUAUUUACUUGUUAUCAGCAGAAACAUCCUAAAGAGUUGCUUAGUUGUUUUUCAAAGUUCUCAAAAGAGAUGGUGUCUGAAAAUUUUUUCCUUUCUCCUAACAGACAUGUCAUUCUUGGUUUUACCAAGAAUGGCAGAUACUUGAUUUCGUAUUGUCUUCAAAUUGACAACAAUGACACCAGUCCAAUGCCGAGGUAUAUUUACUCUCUUCAUUGGUGGGAGUUCAAUUUAGGGAAACCAGUGGUUCAGGUUUGUAAGAGAUAAGUUUGCUGUUCUUUGAGUAAUUUUGUGCCAUUAUUAAAUUGAAAAGUGAAUAGAUUUACAUAAUGCAUAAUGUGGUUGUAGUCCAACAAAUUAUGCAAUCUGGGAAAGAAUUUUGUAAGGGCAAUGAUUUUUAUGAUGUAUGUACAAACAGUAUGUUCAUGUGCAAGAGCUUCAAUGCCUCUAUCUGCAGGAAGUCAAGGGAGCACAGAUAGGGGAUCCCUGGGCUAUCCAUGACCCUCCCCCCCCCCCCACCUCAUAAUUCAGGUUUUUUUUAAAUGCAUAGAUAUAAAGAAUGUCCAUGGCAUGAAUCUCUUUUAGAGCUCGGUAAAUGUUCUCCAUUUUUUGUUCUUUCUGGAGUUUGAAAACAAGUCCACUAAAACACUAGGUAGAAGAGGGAUAUGUUAGACUCCUCGCAGUUGGAUUGAAAAGUCAAGGAAAGUUUUAUGCAGAUUGUAUGGCCAUAUGAAGAAUUAUUACCCAAUGCAUAUGUGGCUUACAAUCUUUGUUUGAUUGUGCGCUAGUUAUCACUGAUACAUGUCUGAAAUAUUAUUAUUCUUUAAUGCAAUUCUUCAAGGUUUUUUCAGUGGCAUUGUUUCAUGGGGAGGAAAUACAUGAAGAUUUACAUUUAAUGGUCACUCAGAGCCCAGAUGAGUCACAUGUUGUAGUUUAUGGUGAAGUGUGAGUGAACAACUCUGUUUUUAGCUUUCCCUUAAAGUUUUUGAGUAACAUUAUUAUAUAUCAGUCUUGUCAAGGCAUAGUUGAUAGUGUGAUCACACAUUUUUUUUUUUUUGUUUUUUUUUAAAUCACACAGAAACUUUGCAAGAAGCAAUCAGAGUCAUCAAUUAAGUCUCAAAGUCCCUAAUGACAUGAGUUUUAGUUUUUGAUACAUCAUUAAUAGUGAAGUCAUAUGUUUUUUCGUUUGCUUGUUUGCUUUAAAAUCCUGCAGACGCUCUUCAAGAGGAGAUCAGAGUCAUCAGUCUUACAUUACAGUUUGUGCUGGACCUACCUGGAACCCAUGUGUGAUUUGCAAGAACUUGUCUCUUGGUGAAAGAACAGAGCUAUGUUUGAAACAUUCUUUUGUGGUUCACUUUAAAUAUGAUCUUUUACAUCCUUUCCCCUUAUUUAACCCUUCCAUAAAUCUGAAGAUUAAAGAUACAGUCCUCUUCAACACUGGAGACUUCUUGUUGGCAUUAAAACUGUUAACUUCCAAGAGCACAAUAAAGAAUACACAGGAGCUUCACAAGAUUUUAUUUCCCCAUGGAAAAUACUGUGCUUCAAAGUUGUGCACUCCAGUACCUAAUGGUAGUAUACAGGAUAAUUCAGACACAAACAGUGAUAGUGGAGAAGAUUGCAAGUCAUGUUUGGCUUCAAGGGAACUGCGUGUAGGUAUACAGUCUGCUAAAGACACAAAAGUGAGUUGUAAUGAAAAAGUUGACUUCACAGCAAGCUCUGGAACAAACCUUGGUGCAAAUUCAAGUUCAGAUGCCAAAGCUGAUGUAAUGAACUCAAAUUGUACCUUGCACAAUGAUGUCGAAAGGAGCAAGAUUGUAUCUGCCUUUGCUAAUGAGCUGGAUCAAAUACAUAGUGAAAAGAUUAAAGUCCAUGACGACAAAGACUUUUCACCUACUCAUGGUACCAUGAGUGUGAGAAAUUGUCAUGACUUGUGCUACAAAGGACUUUGUGCUCAAGGGGAUUGUGUUGUUAAAGGAAGUAACCAAGUGAAGUGUAAUAGGUCUUGUGCUGGCAAUUUAUCUUUUGACUCAACUCAAGGUUUGGGAAACACGUGUAAUGUGAAUUCAUUUCAAAGCUUGAAUGCGACAAAGGGUUCAAGUACAUGUGCUAACAUUUCUGGUGAUUCAUCAAGUAUCAGUCAUGUCUCCGCCAAAGAUAAGUCUGAUAAAGCACAUUGUGACUUUGCAUGCUCACAUUGCUACAGUUCUUAUGAGUGCAAUAAUGUUACAGCUGCACCAGUUGUAAACAACAAUAAUCUGACCUCAUCUGUUUUCAAAUUGUAUGAAGAAACUAGCAAUGAUUCUAGCUAUGAUGAACUUCCUGAUCUGGCAAAUGAGUUUGACAUGUAUGAUGGCUCCCUGUCACUUACAGUUGAAAAACGUUGUGGUAGUGCCCCCUUAAAACAAGUGGCUAAAAUAAACCAAAGCAACCCAAAUGCAGAAAUGUUUUCAGUCCUCAAGAAAGCUCUUGAAAGUAAUAAGCAAGGGAUGGCUAUUCAGCAAACAACGCUUGACUUAGAGCAAUGCAUCAGUGAAUUAAUCCAGGCUCAUGAAGAUCUACGGCAAAACUAUAAGUCCCUGAAGGACUAUGAUGUCCAGGUGAUCACUGCGUGUCCGGACAGUGGAGAAGUGAUCACACUUGCCAGGCUGCUGGUUUUCACACGCGUUAAGCAACAACCAGCGACCUGUGGUCUGUCUGUAAGUCCAAGGUAAGCUGACAUGAUGCUUGUAAUUGUUCAACCUCUGUUGGUCUACAUCAGCUUUAAUUCUGUUUCGUUGGCCUCGUGGACAUGCAGGUUAGACUACUGGAGAGGCGUCAUUUUUGGGGUGCUUAAGGCGGCUUUAAGAGGGAACGAGGGAUAAGACAUGUGCAAGACGAGUAGCGCGAAAAAAUUAAGCGUCAUUUUUCCCGCGCUCCUCCUCACGCACGAGAGAAGGAGCGCGAAAGAAAAAUUGACGCUUCUUUUUUUCUUUUUUCUUUUUUCACGCUCCUCCACUUGUACCUGUUUUGCCCCUUGCGGCUACCUCGCGCUCGUCUCGCACCAGAGAGGGGGUGCCCUCAUCUUGCACGUGUCUCGCCCCCUAGCGGUUACCUUGCGUUCACCUUGCGCGAGAGGCGAGGCGGUCUUCCACAUGAUCGGGUCUAAGCCCUCGCGCCUUCCUCGUGCCUCCCUCUACACGCUUGGAAAUGCUGUGACAAAACAUAACCCUUUGCUUAGCCUGGAUAGACCAACAUAGCGUUCAAUUGUUACUUUCUUGAUUUUACCUCACUUUCUUGUUGCUCUUAUCCAGCCCUGUAUUACAGAAGGUAGGAUUCAUAUUUUCCUGGAAUGUAUGGAGUGGUGAGGUGAAGAUUCUUCAAACUCUUGGACUAGAAACCUGCCCUGAGCGAACUCGAUAUACCAAGUUUAACAUGGCCGCUAAAGAAGCUUGUGAGCUUCGUGCGAAAUUUUCCAUCCCUCAAAGCAUUCCUUCGAUUGUGCAGGCGUUUUCUAAUCACACUGUAUUUACUGGGAAGUCUCUGAAGUAUCUCAGGCAUCCAUUCCUUCCACUGGUUUUGGUGCUGUGA